AUGGAUUUUCCAAAAACAUUAAGUCCAAUUGUCGAAGCCGUCAAAAAAAAUAAGAAGGUAUGCUUUUUCCUAGGGGCUGGAGUCAGUACGAGUUGCGGGAUCCCUGAUUUUAGAAGCCCCAAGACUGGGUUAUAUGCUAAUUUAAAGAAACUCAAUCUUCCAUACCCUGAGGCAGUAUUUGACAUUGAUUAUUUCAGAGAAAAACCAGACGCUUUUUAUACUCUAGCACAUGAAUUAUACCCAGGAAAUUUUCUUCCUUCAAAGUUUCAUUUUUUACUAAAAUUGUUCCAAGAUAAAAGGUUAUUGAAGAGAGUUUAUACCCAGAACAUUGAUACUUUAGAGCGUUUAGCAGGAGUCGAAGAUGAUUAUAUAGUGGAGGCCCACGGUUCUUUCGCCAAUAACCAUUGCAUUGAUUGUCAUGAAGAAAUGUCUUCUGAAGAAUUGAAGAAACAUGUUUUCAAUAGAGAAGUGAACAACGGUAUCCCUACUUGCUCCAAGUGUAAAGGCUUUGUUAAACCCGACAUUGUGUUUUUUGGUGAAAACCUUCCGGCAAGAUUUUUCUCUCAAUGGGAUGAAGAUUGUGAAGACGUGGAUAUCGCCAUCGUGGCAGGUAGCUCUUUAACCGUUUAUCCAUUCGCAGGUCUUCCAUCUGAAGUUGGAAAGAAUUCAAUUAGAUUACUUGUAAAUAGAGAAGCUGUGGGUGAUUUCAAGUCUCGUAAAAGAAAGAAUGAUAUUCUUGCACUAGAAGAUUGUGAUUACGUUGCUGAAACCCUUGCAGAUCUUUUAGGCUGGAAACUGGAUUUGGAUAAAUUAAUAAAAGCUGCUGAAGCUGAAUUUGAAAGCACCAAGAACGAAAAGAAACCCAGCGCCGAGCUGGAUGCUAAAGAAUUGGCUAGCAAAAUCAAGAAAGUCGAACUCAAAGACGGUGAUUCUGCUCCUACCAAGAAGGAAGAUGCAGAUGUCAAAGACUUGGAUGAAGAAAUUGCAAAACUCAAGAUUUGA